AUGUUGAUCGCGGGCCGGUCAUCGAACCUCUGGAUAUAUCGCGCCUCGAUUCUUUUGGCUCUUUCACAAAUCGCGCUUCCUGAUGCGACCUCCCACCCAGCCCCGAGCGGAGCGCACGCUGCUAUCCCCAACACCCCGGUGACAACAUGUCCGGCAAAGAGUGCGCAGCAAACGGAGGCGGAGUUCUUUCAUCUGCCACCUUGCUUAGAGACGCGCUGGGGACCAGGUUACGAUAUGCAUAUCACUGCGGAGUCAUCCGAUCCAAGUGCGGUAGCCAACGAUCCGGCCACUGAUCCAUCAGUCGCGUCGAGCGCGAUUCCAGAAAAAACAGCGCGAACGAACCCCGAUCAAAGCACAGAACAGGACCAAGACACAGAUUCGCUUUUGGACGGUGCUAGUUUCCUCUCCUUUGAGGAUUGGAAGAAACAGAACUUGGCGAAGGUUGGACAGUCAGCUGAGAAUGUUGGAGGGAAUAGACGUGGUGCGGCGGCUGGAAAAGAAGAUCGUCGACAACCGACGGGUAUCAAUAAUGCACUGGACUCGCUAGGUGACGAUUCUGAGAUCGAGUUGGAUUUCGGUGGUUUCGGCGCUGAGACGCCCGAAGCUAGCCCUACAGCGUGGGGCUCGCAUAUUCCGUCGCGCGAGGCAGCACAGACCGGUAUUGCGAAUGGGGGGGAUAAUAUCGAUGCUCACGCGCAGGGUGCCAUCCAAAGAGAUGCGUCGCGUCGUAAAGAUGCUGGUACUACUUGCAAGGAGCGGUUCAACUACGCUUCCUUUGACUGCGCGGCUACGGUGCUGAAGACGAAUCGCGAGUGUAAAGGUUCAUCUUCUGUGUUGAUUGAGAACAAAGAUAGCUAUAUGCUCAAUGAGUGUCGCGCUCAGAACAAGUUUCUUAUUUUGGAGCUGUGCGAUGACAUCUUGGUUGAUACGGUUGUUCUUGCAAACUAUGAAUUUUUCAGCUCUAUCUUCCAUACUUUCCGGGUUAGUGUCUCGGAUCGGUACCCUGCGAAGCCGGAUCAAUGGAAGGAGCUUGGGGUGUAUGAGGCUCGCAACACUCGUGAAGUGCAGGCUUUCGCGGUAGAGAACUCCCUCAUUUGGGCUCGAUACCUUCGGAUUGAGUUCCUCACACACUAUGGCCAUGAGUUCUUUUGCCCUGUCAGUUUGAUUCGUGUGCAUGGUACGACCAUGAUGGAAGAGUACAAGCAUGACGAAAGCUCUGAUCGCGCUGAGGUUGAGGAGUUGGAGGCCAGCCAAGCUAACCGACUUCCUGAAACCCCGGAAACCAAGCCUGUCGAGGCGAAGGUGAAGGAAUCUAUUCCUGUGGUGGAGCCUACUGUUCCAAUUGUUGAGGUCUGCCCGAAUAUUCUUCUAGAAACCGUGUCACCUUUUGCGGUAUUAUUGGAUGGAGAGAUGUGCGGAAUCAAUGAUGGACCGUCCGUCACGAUUCCCUCGACAUCAGCCACUAUGGCUCAAACCAACCCUCCCUCGAAAGAGAAUUCCACGAUUGUUGCUAGAAGCGCUGUUUCCGCGACUAACGCUGGGUCGCCCGUUUCCCCGAAGGAUGUAGAGGAGAUCCGCAAGCAGGUUGAGCAUGCCAAAGGCGCCGCGACCCCUCCGGAUGCCUCAAGCGUGUCCUCGGAGCCUGCUCAGGAGAACACUACUUCCGAGACACCGGGUAAAGCCACUGGCAAUGUGAAAGAGGAACAGGUUAUUCCACCUCCUGAGUCGACUAGACAUACCAACACACAACCACCAUCUCCCAACCCAACGACCCAAGAAUCCUUCUUCAAAUCCGUUCACAAGCGGCUCCAGAUGCUCGAGUCAAACUCGACCCUGUCUCUACUUUAUAUCGAAGAACAAUCUCGCAUCUUGCGCGACGCGUUCAACAAGGUCGAAAAGAGACAGCUAGCCAAGACUUCAACCUUCCUUGAAAACCUCAAUGUGACUGUUCUUACCGAGCUGAGGGAAUUCCGCGAGCAGUAUGACCACGUUUGGAAGUCUGUUGCCCUCGAAUUCGAGCAUCAGCGCAUGCAGUACUACCAGGAAGUCCACUCCCUCAGCACCCAGCUAGGCGUUCUAGCAGACGAACUAGUCUUCCAGAAAAGAGUGACUGUGGUCCAGAGCAUCAUGGUUCUUUGCUGCUUCGCGCUCGUUUUGUUCUCCCGGGGAUCGGGCAACAACUAUAUGGAAUUCCCAGGCGUUCAAAGAAUGGUCGCUCGUUCCUACAGCCUCCGUUCUUCGUCUCCGGUCUUUGCCUCUCCAUCGGCUAGCCCAGGGUCCACGCGUCCCGCCUCGUCCCCAUACCGCGCGAGUGGAGGACAUCGUCGGAACCUCUCUGACUCCUCUGAUCAGGAUGUUCCUGUUAGUCCGACCGCAGCGUAUUCCCCACCGACCCCAACGUCUUCCUCCCCCGUUGAGAGAAGCAUUGAGGAGACAGACAAGAUGGACGAACCUUGUUCUCCUGACUCCUUGUCCGUGUCUGCGAUGGCUACACCUCAACCCCGUUCCCAAAGCAUGCCGCCCAUUCUGAACGGGCAUUCCAGCGAUCUGGAUCUGGAUACCCCAGCCGAGGACGACUUGGCUGCCAACGACAAUCCACGGUCGCAUGACCUGUGA